AUGAGCGAUUCAACUAAUAAUAAGCAAAGAGAGGAAGAUGAUUACGUUCCCUAUGUGUCUGUCAAGCAACGACGCAUGGAAAAAUUGCACAAAUAUGCUACACAGAGACGUCUUGCCGAACCUGCACCCAGACCAGAGUACGAAGACGAAGAGCCAUCAACUGCCGGUCCUCGAUCUGGAAUGAGUCUUUUGGAUCAAACAGUCGAACAGAGACGCAACAACACACUUCCUGAAAAGACCGAAGAAGAAAAACGUCUUGAAGAAGAAAAGAAAAUUGAGGAUGCUCAGGCACGGCACAAAGCUCUUGUGUCUGUCCAGGAAGCAGCAUCUGGUGUACUCUACACAGAACCAAUAAAGACAUCAUGGGAACCACCAAAGUAUAUACGGGAUAUGUCUGAAGAGCAACACAUGCAAGCACGCAACAAAUUUCACAUUCUUAUCGAAGGUGAUAAUCUUGUACCGCCAAUCAUGAAUUUUAGAGAUAUGCGAUUUCCUGAGCCAAUAUUAGAGUACCUGAAAGAGAAGAAGAUCAGUAAACCUACACCUAUUCAGGUCCAGGGAUUGCCUGUAGCUCUUUCUGGCCGUGAUAUGAUUGGUAUUGCUUUUACAGGAUCCGGAAAGACCUUGGCAUUCUCUCUGCCAUUGGUAAUGUUUGCUCUUGAGGCUGAGACAAGAUUACCACUUAUUAAAGGAGAAGGCCCAAUCGGGAUGAUCUUGUGCCCAUCGCGUGAAUUGGCCCGUCAGACCCAUGAAGGUCUCUGUUUAAUGGCAGAUAAACUUGCAAAGGGGGGUUUCCCUCAUCUUCGAUCAUUGCUUUGUAUUGGUGGUAUUAAUAUGGGAGAACAAUCUGAUGUAUUAAACAGAGGACCUCAUAUGGUUGUAGCUACACCAGGAAGAUUGAUGGACAUGUUGACAAAAAAGAAGUUCAAUUUGGAUAUUUGCAAGUACUUGUGUAUGGACGAGGCUGAUCGAAUGAUUGAUAUGGGCUUUGAAGACGAUGUGAGAAACAUCAUGUCUUAUUUCAAGUCUCAGCGUCAGACACUCUUGUUCUCUGCUACUAUGCCAAAGAAGAUUCAAGAUUUUGCAUUGUCUGCUCUAGUGCAACCAGUUGUUGUGAACGUGGGUCGUGCUGGUGCUGCUAACCUGGACGUUAUUCAGGAGGUCGAGUAUGUAAAACAGGAGGCCAAGAUGGUCUAUCUACUUGAAUGUCUUCAAAAGACUCCCCCACCUGUACUCGUGUUUGCAGAGAACAAAAACGAUGUAGAUGAUAUCCAUGAAUACUUGCUAUUGAAGGGUGUUGAGGGUGUUGCCAUUCACGGAGGAAAAACACAGGAAGAGCGCGAAUUUGCAAUCCGUUCAUUCAAGGAAUACAAAAAGGAUGUUUUGAUUGCAACAGAUGUAGCAUCAAAGGGUCUUGAUUUUGCACAGAUUCAACAUGUUAUUAAUUAUGACAUGCCAAAGGAAAUUGAAGAUUAUGUGCAUCGAAUUGGUCGUACUGGUCGUAGUGGAAAGACUGGUGUUGCUACUACGUUUAUCAAUCAACAUUGCUCUGAACAAAUUCGCCUAGAUUUGAAGCAUCUAUUGAGAGAAGCAAAGCAGCGUGUACCACCAUUCCUGGCGGCUAUGGACGAUCCCAGCGAGAAAUAUGGUUUAGCAGGAGGAUGUACAUUUUGUGGUGGAUUGGGACAUCGUAUUAAUGAUUGCCCUAAAUUGGAACAGCAAAGAAGACAGCAAAUGGGGGCAAUUAUGAGCGGACGGAAUGCAGGAGAUCGUGCGGAUUUCUGA